CCGCCACGCCCGUCCCGCUGCUGCCAUGGUAACCAUACGCGCACUUCACGGACUAACGGAAUCGUCGUAAUCGUUGGUACGGACCUGCGGCCCCCCACAUCACCUGGACCAAGGCACAUACUGUUCUCCGGGGCGCGACGUUUAGAUCUAUGAAAAAAGAUGAAUUUGGCUGAGAUUUGUGACAAUGCAAAGAAAGGGAGAGAAUAUGCGCUUCUUGGAAAUUAUGACUCUUCAAUGGUAUAUUAUCAGGGGGUAAUACAGCAGAUUCAGAGACAUUGUCAGUCAGUCAGAGACCCAGCUGUCAAAGGCAAAUGGCAACAGGUUCGACAGGAGUUGCUAGAAGAAUAUGAACAAGUCAAGAGUAUUGUCAAUACCUUAGAAAGUUUUAAGAUAGACAAGCCCCCAGAAUUUCCUGUGUCAUAUCAAGAUGAACCAUUCCGAGAUCCUGCGGUUUGGCCUCCUCCUGUUCCAGCAGAACACAGGGCUCCACCUCAGAUAAGGCGCCCAAAUCGAGAAAUGAGACCCCUGAGGAAAGAAAUACCAGGAGUAGGGCCUCGGGGACCUGUAGGCAGAGCACACCCUAUAUCAAAGAGCGAAAAACCCACCUCCAGUAGGGACAAGGAUUUUAGAGCAAGAGGGAGAGACGACAAGGGAAGGAAGAAUCUGCCAGAUGGUGCAGGUGAUGGGGAAAUUCAAAAGUUUGAUGGUGCUGGAUAUGAUAAAGAUCUAGUUGAAGCUCUUGAAAGGGACAUAGUAUCCAGAAAUCCUAGCAUUCAUUGGGAUGACAUAGCUGAUUUAGAAGAAGCAAAAAAAUUACUAAGGGAGGCUGUUGUUCUCCCAAUGUGGAUGCCUGACUUUUUCAAAGGGAUAAGACGGCCUUGGAAGGGUGUGUUGAUGGUUGGACCCCCUGGCACUGGUAAAACUAUGCUUGCAAAAGCUGUUGCAACUGAAUGUGGCACAACGUUUUUCAAUGUUUCCUCCUCUACUCUGACAUCUAAGUAUAGGGGUGAAUCUGAGAAGUUGGUCCGCCUGUUGUUUGAAAUGGCAAGGUUUUAUGCUCCUACAACAAUCUUCAUUGAUGAGAUUGAUUCCAUCUGUAGCCGCAGAGGCACUUCUGAUGAACAUGAGGCAAGUCGAAGAGUCAAGUCUGAACUGCUCAUUCAGAUGGAUGGGGUUGGAGGAACUCUAGAAAAUGAUGACCCUUCUAAAAUGGUUAUGGUGUUGGCUGCUACCAACUUCCCGUGGGACAUUGAUGAAGCUUUGCGAAGGAGAUUAGAAAAAAGAAUUUAUAUACCUCUACCGACAGCAAAAGGUAGAGCAGAGCUACUUAAGAUCAAUCUUCGUGAAGUUGAAUUAGAUCCUGACAUUCAAUUAGAAGAGAUAGCGGAGAAGAUUGAAGGCUAUUCUGGGGCUGACAUUACGAAUGUUUGCAGGGAUGCUUCUCUAAUGGCAAUGAGACGGCGCAUCCAUGGCUUAAGCCCAGAAGAGAUACGAGCCCUUUCUAAGGAAGAGCUGCAGAUGCCUGUUACAAAAGGGGAUUUUGAGUUGGCGCUGAAGAAAAUCUCUAAGUCUGUGUCUGCUGCAGACCUAGAGAAGUAUGAAAAGUGGAUGCUUGAGUUUGGGUCUGCUUAAUUCUAAUGUUGUUUUCUCUUUGUUCUGUUAAGGCUCAUAUUUUGUUUGUAAAAUGCGAAAGAAAUGACUAGAAAUCUUUUCAAAGAUUUGAAUUUUUCGUUGGGGAGAUUCCUCUUUCAACAUCUUUUCAUUCCAAGGCAAAAAACACAAACUGUGAAGAAUAGAAGAUGCAGUUGAGGGAAAAGGAGAACAUCUGGAGAAAGUGAGAUCCUCUGCAUGUUUGGGUCCUGGGCAGGUGUUCCCAGCUUUUAUUCCAUGGCUUUCACGUUGCUGGUCAGUUUGUCAAGGAGGCUGAGGUGGUGAAAGAACUAACAAAGUAUCCUGUCUUCUUUUGGAAGAAAACUGUUUACACUUAAUGUAGAGGGAACUGUCUUUCUAAAUUCAUUUCUCUAUGCCUCGUGGAACUUAGGCAUUUCUCCUAACUACAUUAAAGUACAUAGGGAACUAAUCUAACAAGUUAGCUUUUAAAAUAAGAAAGGUGUGUCAAGGUGGGCAGUCCAUAUUUUGUUGCUAAAAAACGUUUCUGAGUCAGUUUUUGGUGGAAGCAGUGUGUUUCAAUCUCUAUCUCUGUUAUCUCUCCAAUAUAGGCUUCCCCUUUUUCUCAGAGCUUGUAAGUACCACAGUAUAGCUUUGUUGGCUGUCCCUGCCAGAACAAUUUAACCGUUUUUAGGUCUGUUUUAGGUCUUUAGUUAGAAACAUCUUUCCACACCCUGGUCUUUGAGUCAUCAAAUCAAGGGUACAUUUUCAUGUUCUGACUUUUCUUGCCAGUGCAUAUCAAAUUGAAUAUGGAAAGGAUAUGAAGGAAAUUUUGAAUCCUUCAAAAAUAAUAUGCAGUUAUUCUUAAUAUCUAGAUUUAUUUUCAUUUCUUUCAUUGUAUUCAGACAAGUGCAUCCUUCAUUUUCCUCACUUCCACCAUUGUUUGAAUUCUGAUGUUAGAUUUUGUUUGGCAGUCUAAACUAUUCCAUCAUUUUCAUGAAUUGCCCACAUACGUUUGUGGCUAAAGCAGAAGUAUUACCUACCUCAAAGGGUUCUUGUGUUUUGUUAAGCCUUAAUGCUUUGUAUAAAUGUGAGUUGUUACUGGGUUUUUUUGGGGGGGGAAGGAGGGAAAGAUAACAAUCAAGACCUGUGUUU